AUGAUACGUGGUCGCGCGUCGAUUGUCGUCACGAGAAGGCUAGGGCACGGUGCGAGGCACAAGCAUCACCCGCGCGAUGCCAGCAGAUUGUGUAAACUCUACCGCUCGGUUGCGUGGCGGCGGGCGGCGGGCGGCGGGGGCGGCGCGGGGGAGGGUCGCUACACGCACACAUACACCCCCUGUUCAACUUAUCCAUUACUAACGCUCCUAUUU